CUGAUUCAACAGUUUGUUUACAUGUAUAUUUUUCUCUGACGCUGCCACAUAAAGACGUGUUUUAUGCCACUCCUUCUUUGUCUCAUAUCACACUAAACGUUCUAUGCUGCGCGUGAAUGCACAAAGGUACAACCCUGACUAAGAUGGCCAUGCCACUGCAGCGCUCCAGGACCGUCUUAUUGACUAUGGCCUUCUCUUUCCUGCCUUGCAUCACUUCCUCCCUCAACCUGGAGGACCCAAAUGUCUGCAGCCACUGGGAGAGAUAUUCAGUGACAGUGCAGGAGUCGUAUGCCCAUCCUUUUGACCAGAUUUAUUACACCAGCUGCACAGACAUCCUCAACUGGUUCAAGUGUACCAGACACAGAGUGAGCUACAGGACAGCCUAUCGCAGAGGAGAAAAAACCAUGUACCGCAGAAAAUCCCAAUGCUGUCCAGGAUUCUUUGAAAAUGGAGAGAUCUGUGCUCCUCAAUGCUCAGAGAGCUGUGUUCACGGUCGCUGUAUGGCCCCCAACACCUGUCAGUGUGAGCCUGGAUGGGGGGGCUCCAACUGCUCCAGUGCAUGUGAUGGUGACCACUGGGGCCCUCACUGCAGUCACAGAUGUCAGUGCCAGAACAAGGCUCUGUGCAACCCCAUCACCGGAGCCUGUAUCUGCACUCCUGGGUACAAAGGUUGGCGCUGUGAAGAGGCAUGUGACGUUGACACCUAUGGUAAUGGUUGCCAGCAGAAAUGCCAGUGCCAGAAUGGAGCUCGCUGUCACCAUGUGACUGGAGAAUGCAAGUGCUCAUCUGGAUACACCGGAGCUUUUUGUGAGGACUUGUGCCCUCCAGGUAAACAUGGACAGCAGUGUGAAGAGAGGUGCCCGUGUCAGAAUGGCGGAGUUUGUCAUCACGUGACCGGAGAGUGCUCGUGUCCAGCAGGAUGGAUGGGUACCGUGUGCGGACAGCCAUGUCCAGAGGGGAGAUUUGGUCCAAACUGUUCUCAAGAAUGUCAGUGUCACAACAAUGGAUUAUGUUUUUCAUCCAGUGGACAGUGUCUUUGCAGCCCUGGGUACACAGGAGAACGGUGUCAGGACGAGUGUCCAGUUGGCACUUACGGUGCUGGCUGCGCAAAGACAUGUCGCUGUAAGAACAACAGCAAAUGCUACCACAGCAACGGAAAAUGUCUGUGUGAGCCUGGCUACACGGGCGAGACCUGUGACGUCCGACUCUGCCCCGAAGGACACUAUGGCUUGCGCUGUGAUAAGAAGUGUCCGUGCCACGCCCAGUAUACCCAGAGUUGCCAUCCAAUGUCAGGGGAGUGCACGUGUCUGUCAGGUUGGUCUGGCCUCUACUGCAAUGAGUCGUGUACCCCGGGCUUCUACGGGGAGUCCUGCCAGCAGGUGUGCCAGUGUCAGAACGGUGCAGACUGCCACAGUGUGACAGGAGCGUGUGUUUGCGCUCCAGGCUUCACGGCUUUGGACUGCUCAGUGCCGUGCCCAGAAGGAUCUCAUGGAGCCAAAUGCUCCUCCACCUGUAACUGUAAGAAUGGAGCUCAAUGCUCACCUGUGGAUGGGUCCUGCUUCUGUAAACCAGGGUGGCAUGGAGUGGACUGCUCCAUCAAUUGUCCCAGUGGUACGUGGGGUCUCGGCUGCAACAUGACGUGUUUGUGUGGAAAUGGAGGUGCAUGUGAUGCUGUGACUGGUCACUGUACCUGUGCGGCAGGCUGGAGAGGCCAGAGAUGUGAACUCCAUUGCCAGGACGGUACCUAUGGUCUCAGCUGUAAAGAGCGCUGUGACUGCAGUCAUGCCGACGGAUGUCAUCACUCCACCGGACACUGCCGCUGCCUGCCUGGUUGGACAGGUAUCCAUUGUGACAGUGUGUGUGCAGAGGGCCGCUGGGGCCCAAACUGCUCACUUGCCUGCCACUGCAAGAAUGGAGCGUCUUGCACUCCAGAUGAGGGAACCUGUGAGUGUGCGCCAGGAUUCAGAGGCACCACCUGUCAGAGGAUCUGCUCCCCGGGUUACUUUGGUCACCGUUGUAGUCAGACAUGUCCGCAGUGCGUCCACAGCAAUGGACCGUGUCACCAUGUAAGCAGCCAGUGUGACUGUCUCCCCGGCUUCAAGGGAGCACUUUGCAAUGAGGUGUGUCCCAGUGGUUACUAUGGUAAGAAGUGCACCUUGAGCUGCAGGUGCACCAACAAUGGCACCUGUAACCCCAUCGAUGGAUCCUGCCAGUGUUUUCCAGGAUGGAUCGCCAGUGACUGUUCACAGCCAUGUCCGCCUAGACAGUGGGGGCCAGACUGCAUCCACACGUGUAACUGCCACAAUGGAGCUCGUUGCAGUGCUUACGAUGGAGAAUGCAAGUGCACCCCGGGAUGGACCGGCCUUUAUUGCACACAACGUUGUCCUUUGGGGUUUUAUGGCAAAGAUUGUUCACAGACAUGCCAAUGCAGGAAUGGAGCAGACUGCGACCACAACUCUGGACAAUGCACCUGUCGCACUGGCUUUAUGGGACAGCAUUGCGAACAAAAGUGUCCUUCUGGUUCAUAUGGCUAUGGCUGCCGUCAGGUGUGUGACUGUCUCAAUAACGCCACCUGUGAUCACAUCACUGGCACAUGCUACUGCCAACCAGGCUGGAAGGGGGUCCGUUGUGACCAAGCCGCCGUCGUCAUUGGCAGCCUCAACACUUUGACGAGUGCCGCCAUGCAGGUGGACACCUACCAGAUCGGCGCCAUCGCGGCAAUCAUCGUGCUGGUACUACUGGUGCUCUUCGUCCUCCUCCUCUUCAUCAUCUAUAGGAAGAAGCAGAAAGGAAAAGAAGCGGCCAUGCCAGCAGUAACUUACACGCCUGCUAUGAGAGUGACAGCUGACUACACCAUCACAGAUGCUCAGGCACCACAUGACAUUCACCCCAGUAAUUACUUCACCAACCCCAGCUACCACACUCUGACACAGUGCAUCAGCCUACAACAUGUUAAUAACUCUCCAUAUGAAAAAGCUAAGAACAACAUGUUUGCCAACUUAAAGGAUGUGAAGGAAAGAAAGCGAUAUCCUCUUCCUGAUGCCACCGGCACCCUGCCUGCUGGAUGGAAACAUGGGGACAGCGUCAACGAACUGGGAGCCUGCGGAAAUGACAGGAGGUGUACAGGGAAGUCUUUACGAGACCUGGUGAAAGGCACACAGUAUCAUGGCAGCUCCUGCUCCCUGAACAGUACAGAAAACCCUUACGCCACAAUCAAGGACCCUCCCCUUCUGACCAGCAAAAACACAGACUGCGGCUACGUGGAAAUGAAGUCGCCUGCGAGACGGGACUCACCCUAUGCCGAAAUCAGCAACAGCAGUGUAACCAGUAAUAAGAAUGUAUAUGAAAUUGAGCCAACAGUCAGCACGACUUGCUCCACUGGACAAAAAAGUGAAUGCAUGCAUCAAGGCCAGGAUCCAUACGACCUACCAAAAAACAGCCAUAUUUCUUGUCACUAUGAUGUGCUGCCUGCCCGAGAAAGUCCGACGUCAGACCACAAGAAGAUGGACAGCGACUGAACAUGUAGUCAUUCCAUGCAGAGAUGAAGGUUUUACCUACAUCUCCACAACUGGAAGUGCAAAAAUGGUACACUUGUUUCCAUCAAGAUAUUACCUGACAUCUGCUUAAGGAAUGACUCAUUCAUAACAGUGGAAAUUCUAUAUUGUGUUUAUGUGUUAUUUGGAUCAGGGUCAGGUUAUGUUUGCCCAAAUAGAUUCGAGAACAUUCUGAGUCAAUCAUAUCUCAGUUUUGAUAUAACAAGUAUACCGUAUGAAGAAGUAUUAUCCACACGAAGGAAAAUAAACUCUACCAUUAGAAUAAUCUCGUAAAUGUACUUAUACUAAAGCUACUUUAAAAUAUAUACAUAUACAUAUAUAUAUAGCAGUGGCGGGCUGCGCGUUUCUCACCUAGGCCGUCAGUGAUGUCCUACUUAGUCCGACUUUACCUCUCAAAAUACCGUAAUAUGUCAACACAUGGACACGGCUGGAGAUACUAUACUACUGUUGCACACUACUGUUCAUUGAAUCCCCUCAACAGUGUACAAAACGGUCUAUUUUUCUAGCUCUUGGGACGUGGAACGUCACAUCGCUGGGGGGGAAGGAGCCUGAGCUAGUGCGCGAGGUGGAGAAGUUCCGGCUAGAUAUAGUCGGACUCACUUCGACGCACAGCAAGGGCUCUGGAGCCAGUUCUCUCUCUUCCACUCUGGCGUUGCACGCAGUGAGAGGCGACGGGUUGGAGUGGCAAUUCUUGUUGCCCCCCUAGCUCAAAGCCUGAACGUUGGAGUUCAACCCAGUGGAGAGAGGGUAGCUUCCCUCCGCCUUCGGGUGGGGAAACAAGUCCUGACUGUUGUUUGUGCUUACGCACCAAACAGCAGUGCAGAGUACCCACCCUUUUUGGAUUCACUAGAGGGAGUACUGGAGAGUGCUCCCUCGGGUGAUUCCCUUGUUCUACUGGGGGACUUCAACGCUCAUAUUGGCAACGACAGUGAAACCUGGAGAGGCGUUAUUGGGAAGUUUGACCGCCCGGAUCUUAAUCCGAGUGGUGUUUUGUUAUUGGACUUUUGUGCUCGUCACAGAUUGUCCAUAACGAACAACAUGUUCAAACAUAAGGGUGUCCAUAUGUGCACUUGGCACCAGGACACCCUAGGCCGCAGUUCCAUGAUCGGCUUUGUAGUUGUGUCAUCGGAUUUGCGGUCUCAUGUUUUGGACACUCGGGUGAAGAAA